GUCAAGCUGUCGGUUGUAUAUUUAGUUUAAUCGAAUUCUUGCGGUUACGAAAGUUUAUUAUCGUUUUAUCUAUCGGUUGUUUAAAAAAGUGUCGUUUUUAAACGCUGUAUUGAUAAACAAAAAUCAACAUACGUCGUCUCUAUGGUCAUUGAAAAAAUAUUUUAUUAUUGCUUCUGAUGCCGCAUUGUUUUUAAUUUUGUUUGAAUGGUGAAAGAUGGACGUAAAUCUCGAUCGGUGUCUAUUUAGCGUGUCUUUAUAACGGACAUGAAAGAAAAGUGUUCUAAUUCCGUGGAAUUAUAUAUUUUAUCUCGUGUAUGAGCAUCAUAUGCAGUCAUGGCAAAUGAUGAAUCCAGCGUACGGGUUGCAGUCAGAAUCAGACCCCAGACGUCAGCCGAGGUUCUCGAAGGAUGUGGAAUAUGUGCGCGAGCUGGUGGGCCAGCAGGCGAAGGCGGGGUCGCGCUGGGCUCGGAGCGAGCGUUCACAUUCAACUAUGCCUUCGAACCCUCGGUCUCGCAGCAGGAGGUGUACGACACUUGCGUCAGGAAACUUGUGGAGGCAGCCCUCGAUGGAUACAACGCUACCGUGCUUGCUUAUGGACAGACUGGCUCCGGAAAAACGUACACAAUGGGAAGCGGUUGGGAGGGCGAAGGUGAUCUCGAUGAAGACAAGCGAGGGAUCAUUCCUCGCGCCAUACGAGACCUGUUCUCCGGUGCGGAGGAGCGCGCGGAGGCUGCGAGGGCCCAAGGGCAGCUGCCUCCGGAGUUCUCGGUUACAGCACAGUUUAUAGAGCUGUACAAUGAGGAUAUUGUUGACCUGCUGGAUCCGGCGAAAGAUCCGUAUGCUAAGAGUAAUUUAAGGAUAACAGAAGAUGGCUGCGGUGGUGUGCGCAUAGUAGGUGCAUCCAUUCGCGCUGUAAGAGGCAUAAAGGAAGCUCUAGGUGCACUCCGAGCCGGGGCAUUGGCUCGAACAACAGCAGCUACAAACAUGAACUCGUCAUCAUCGAGAUCACAUGCAGUAUUCACUCUAAUGCUGCGGCAGAGGAGGCUGGCCGCUGACAGCAGUGAUGGCACGAGGGAAAUGGAAACCGAUGGAGAGACUCCGGAACAGUAUGAGACUUUGACUGCCAAGUUCCACUUUGUAGACUUGGCAGGAUCGGAGCGGCUUAAACGGACAGGAGCGACAGGAGAACGAGCAAGAGAAGGCAUAUCGAUAAACUGUGGACUAUUAGCUUUAGGGAAUGUGAUAUCGGCUCUAGGGGAUAAGUCGAGGAAAGUGAUGCAUGUCCCGUAUCGGGACUCUAAACUGACGAGGCUGUUGCAAGAUUCACUUGGAGGCAACAGCAACACGGUAAUGAUAGCGUGCGUGUCGCCCAGCGACCGCGACUUCAUGGAGACGCUUAACACGUUGAAAUACGCGAACAGAGCCAGGAACAUUAAGAACCGCUGCGUGGUGAACCAGGACCUCACCUCCAGGACGAUCCACCAGCUGCGGCAGGAGGUCGCCAGGUUACAGCUGGAAUUGGCGGAGUAUAAACAGGGCAAACGCGUGAUAUCAGAAAACGGUGAAGAGGGCUGGAGUGACGUGGUACAAGAGAAUGCUAUCCUCACAAACGAGGUAGAGUCCCUCCGACGAAGGGUUAAGGCCAUGCAAGGGACAAUCGAACAGUUGUCAGCGAGAAAUAGUGAAUUAUUAGCAGAGAAAGCGCUUGGGACUUGGGCGCCGAAAGAUGGUAGCCCUGAUGCGACUGACUGCUCGCUUACUGCUUUAGUACAGGGAUAUGUAUCAGAGAUAGAAGACCUUCGAGCUCAACUGAUGGAAUCGAAUGCGUUAUACGAAGCGAGUAGACGACGCGAACAAAGAACGAGACAUGACUCAUCCAUACUGGAUACUUCUACCAUUAUUGAUGAUGCUAAACGAGAGCUUUAUAAGGAAAAGGAACUGCUAGCGCGAAGUAUGGGCGAACUGGAAUUCCAAAGGAAAUUGACAGAGAGUUCGCCGAUGGGUGAGAGGGAACGCGCGGAGGGAGAGAGCGCUGGUGACUCAGACCCAUCGGAGGAAGAAGAGAGUGAUUCAGAAGAAGAUAAUGAGGCCAAGGGUCAGCGUCUCCUGACCGCGCAGCUGGCCGCGCUGAGCGAGGACAUCGACACGAAGGCGCGGCUGGUGGAGCAGCUGGAGGCGUCCCAGCGGCGGCUGGCGGCGCUGCGCACGCACUACGAGCAGCGGCUCGACCACCUGCACCAGCAGAUCAAGGCCACGGGCGACGAGCGCGACAAGGUGCUCGCGUCCAUCGCGGCCCAAUCGUCGCAGCCGAGCGAGAAGCUGAAGCGCGUGAAGGACGAGUACGAGCGGCGCGUGGCCUCUAUGUCGCGCGAGCUGCGGCGGCUGCAGGCUGCUCAGCGGGAACACGCGCGCCUGCAGCGCUCGCAGCAGCACACCGCGCAGCAGAUACACUCGCUGCGCGGCGAGCUGCAGGGCUUGAAGCGCGACAAGGUAAAACUCGUUCAGCGCAUGCGAAUGGAAUCAAAACGACAUGCACAAGCUGAAGCCGCAAGAGCGAAAGAAGUAGCUCAACUACGUAAAGAAUCUCGCAAGAAUGCUAAUCUGAUACGAUCGUUGGAGGCUGAAACUAGACUUAAAGAACAGGUAUUAAAACGAAAACAAGAAGAAGUAUCACUGCUACGUCGUGGACACAGAGAUAAAUUGAGCAGCCGUGCAGCUGGAAGACUACAUGACCGCAACCGCACCCGCGCCCGUGCCUCCGGCCGCGAGCUCUGGUCUCGUGUCGAGUGCUGGCUGUCCCGCGCCUGCGCCGCCCGCACCACGCUGGCCGAGCUCGAGGUGGCGCUCGAGCACCAGCUGCGCCAGCGGGACUGCGCGGCCAACAGUGCAGACCCGGACUCGCAGACCCUGCUCACGUACUUGAGAGACGCGAUCGCGGACACGCAGUCGCAGAUCAUGCAGAUUGAAGAGGAAAACGAAGAGAACGAAUUGCCCCGCCUACUAGAACAGAUAGAAUGCCCAGCUGGCCGCUACGCGCUAGAGCGGCUGGCGGCACGUGCUCUACAGCACGCACACGACGCGGCGCGCUGCGAGAAGAUGCUGGGUGACACGAGGGCGAGGCUGGCUGAGCUGGAAGAGAAAUCAGAACAAACAGCGAGCGCGCUACGAGCGGCGGACGAACACAACCUCAACCCGUGGAAUUCCCCAGCACUAGUGGCUCUAUUGGCACACGUAUCUUCUGGAACAUCUACGAGAUCGGUGUCACCUGUAGAUAGUGCUUUAUUAGAAAAUCGACCGCCGGUCCUCAGAGAGACGAACACGGCACCAACUUCACCACCAGAUGACUCGCCUUUCCAGAGAAAUACGGGUCGUCGUGGUUCAGUACGACUCCGCGACCUCGGCGUGUACAGUCGCGACGAGAACACGGACCCGAUGACACAAUCCCUCGUGGAGCCCACGUCGCCCAAGCCCGUGCCGCUCAGCAGAGUUCCCAGCGCACCUGGCAGUCUCAGAGGCCUGCAGCCAAUCAACGCGCAGAUAGCUUCGCCCGUUGUAACACGUUGCGCGCCGCCCGAGAGCCCGAGAUUGAUCAGGCGACAGCAUUCGCUAGCUAAACCGGCGUCAUUAGAGGCGUCAGUGGUGUCCGGUGUGGAGGGAACACCUCCAGCGUCACCUGGAGCUGCAAGACGAGCUCGUGAUGAAGAUGUGUUCCAGAGGCUUGCUGGGGUGGCCUCGGAUCAAGCGCCUACUGGCACUGUGAGAGAGAUGACUGUUAAGAGAACAAGCACGGGCGCGACUAACACAUGGUUACAGUGUACGCACGUCGCUGAGGGACACGUGGGCGCUGCGCUUGCGCUGGCUGCAGUACCGAACGGAAUUUAUAGCGGUGGUGUAGACCGCACAGUUCGCGGGUGGGAUCUCACCGCGGGUCGCGAGGCGUGGCGAGCCUGGUGUGGCGGUGGGGUUGGUGCACUUGCAGCGGGGCAGAGCAGCUCACAAGACGCGAGGCUGGUGACGGCCGCUGCUGGUGCCGCAGUACGUCUGUUCGACACGAGGACCAACACUCCUGUGGCUACUCUGUGGUCAUCAGGUGCAUCGGGUGCAAACGCAGCAGUACGCGGUGGAGAGUGCACGAUUACAGCAAUAGCGCUCGCUGAUCCGAAUAGACUGUAUACAGCUGCGGGCGAUAAACUAAGGCUCUGGGAUUUGAGGAUGCUAGAAUGCAUGUACAAGACAUGGUCGGGUCACACAGCAGCUGUGAUGUGUAUGGCGCGAGUCUCUCUAUCUGAUGGUGAUCGACUCGCUACGGGCUCGAGGGACCAUUGUGUGCGAGUGUUAGAUUGGACGCAUAGUAAUGGUGAGGGCAUGUGGGAGGCCGCUAGCCGCCGGCUGCUGGCGCCGCCGCACUACGACGGCGUGCAGGCGCUGGAGCUGCGCGCGGCGCCGGCCGGCGACCUGCUGUACAGCGCCUCCAGGGACUCUAGCCUCAAGUGCUGGCGGCUCGCGGACAACACGCUGGCGCAUAGCGUGAUGAACGCGCACAAAGGCUGGGUGACCGGCAUCUGCGGCGUGAGCACGUGGCUGGCCAGCUGCGGGCGGGACCAAGCCCUGCGGCUGUGGAGCCCUGCGCUCCGGCCGGCGGCUCCAGCGGCGCCGCUGCCGGACCUGCCGCACGCACUGGCGGCCUGUGCGACCAGCGGCGCUAUAUAUACGGCUGGCAGCGGCGGCGAAGUGCGCGCCUGGAGAAUACUUCUCGAGCCGUGAGCGACACACACACACACGCAUACACAAACAUACACAUAUACACUAUAUCAUACACACGCACACACAGAUUAUACACACACAAACCUGCACGUACAGACAAGUACAUAUUAUUUAAAAACGACUCACAAUGUGUAUUGUUAAUAUAGUUGUAUUUUUUUUUCAAUAUAUUUUAGUACUGAUACUCAAUAAGUAUUUCAUAUAGCCUUAAGAAUAUUAGAUAAAGGAUACCUGUAAAAAUAAACUUAAAGCGUCGUUCUUAAAUAACGUGUUCCAAAACCACCAUCCAGUGUGUUUCGCUAGACAAAGUAUUGGCAUCGAAAAUAUAAUUCAUCGUUUGGUAAGUAUUGCAUAUUCCCAAGUAAGCUUGCGCACGCCGUCGCUGCUUCACCACUUGUCAUUACUAACAUGAGCUUAGCUGGUUUUUUUUUAUCAAAUAUAGGCCUUUCCGACUCGAAGGACCAAUCGUCAAGACGAAGAGAAACGUUAGACGACUACUGCUUUAGUACUAAAAACUCAUUGGUUGUUUUGAUACAGUACAACCACAAUAUACAGAUACAACCAGUAGGGAAACUGUUUACAAGAAUCGUAAGGGUAUACUUAUAUCUGUCAAUUGUCAUAAUACCCUUACGAUUCUCGUGAACACGUUUGCUUGUGUGCGUGAGCCAUUUCGAACGUUUGUAUUUUUUUUUUAUAUAUUAGAGUGGGCAAACGGGCUUGUGGGGCGCCUGAUCGUAAGCGAGUCCACCGCCCAUAUUCAUCUACAGGGGAUUCUGCAGGUGCGUUGCCGACUUUUUGAGAUGGAGGUACACUCUCUUCUUGAAGACACUCAAGUUGUAGACAUUAGGAAAUGUCGCUGCGGGGAGGCUAUUCCAUAAUUUGGUAGUGCGUGGUAAAAAGGUGCGAGAAAAACGCACUGUACUCGUACGCCAAAGAUCUAAGUGGUGAGCAUGAAACUUUGCCUUGUGUCGGGCAGAACGAUGGUGGAAUUCUGCGGCAGGUAUCAGUUCAAACAACUCGUCAGAACACUCUCCAUUGUACAGACGAUAGAAAACGCAUAAAGAUGCGACGUCUCGUCGUAAAGCUAGUGAAUCCAGCCUAUCAGUAAGUGCCCGGUUGCCGAUAACUCUGACGGCUCUUCGUUGCACGCUAUCGAGUAGAAGGAGUUGAUAUUGUGGGGCGCCGGCCCAGAGAUGGGAGCAGUAUUCCAUAUGAGGCCGUAUUUGCGCUUUAUAAAGUAACAAGAGAUGGCCUGGCCUGAAAUACUGCUUCGCUCUAUUAAGGACGCCCAUUUUUUUAGAAGCUAUAGUAGCUUUGCCUUCCAAAUGAUAGCGGAACUGAACGUCAUCAGAUAUAUCGACACCGAGAAUUCCGAUACUAGGCUUUAUUGUUAGGGGAGUGUUCUCAAAUAAGGGAGCUGUGAGAAAUGGGGUUUUCUUGGCUGUGAAUGAACAUACUUGCGUCUUGCCAGGGUUAAAUUUGACAAGAUUUUGUCGACCCCACUCAGGGACUUCACCAAGGAGAGCCUCAAUAUUGGACACAAGUAUGUUUCGGUUUGCAUUGACGUGUUCUCGAGAAAUAUUUUGGCGGCCGGAAUAUAUAGCAUCUCCAGUACUGUCAUCUGCAUAGCAAUGAAUGUUACUGAUUUGUAACAUGUCAUUGAUAUGCAGUAAGAACAGUGUGGGUGAAAGGACGCAGCCUUGAGGGACGCCAGCGUUGACAGGCAGUAGUACAGACUACAGAGCUCGAACCGUCAACCAAGACCCGGAUACUACGAGAUGUAAGAAAGCUGGCAAUCCACUUACAUAAUUUCUCUGGGAGUCCAUAGGCUGGAAGUUUCGAGAGAAGAGCCCGAUGCCACACCCGAUCGAAGGCUUUUGCAACGUCCAGACUAACCGCUAAGGCCUCCCCUUUACUCUCGAUUGCCGUAGCCCAACGAUGGGUUAAGUAAACUAGGAGAUCACCAGCUGACCGUCCAUGGCGUCCGUGCUCCAGUUUAUAACCUGGGUAACAAAGAUAUGAUGUGUCGGAGGGAGGACAAAUUUGUGUCUCCGUUAGGAACAAUAAGGCAGGCUUUGCCGUCUCCAGGUGGUGAUGGACGGGAUUAAGAUUAGAAUGUAGGCCCCUCACAUUACAAAAGUCUACAGAUAGUAAAGGCGUAUUCGUAGAAUUACGAGCCCGUUUGCGUUUGUUGGUGUUCUUGAGCGGGAUUUUGCCCUCCCCAGAGUACGCAGGGCAGCCUGAGCGCGAACGCUCAGGGAGGGAUUCUCCAACAAUACGAAGGUUGGUACCCUCCUGGGGUACAAUACUAUUUAAUUCCGCUGCCAUUAUGUCAGUUAUGAGAGAGAUAAGGAAAGGAUUAGCGAUGGGAGUAAGGAAGGGAUAGGGAUGGGUAGGGAAUAGGAUGGGCCAUUUGUAUGAAGUUUCCCUACUUGUUGUAUCUGUAUAUUGUGGUAUAUCUUUCAAUUCUUCUCCUGUCACUCUGUUUUACAGUUUUGCUAUUUGCACAUGUGUUUUUUUCACCCUUAAAUCAAUUAUUUAAAAAAUAUAUUUCUUCAUUGUGCUUUAACUAUUCGUAUUCUUUUUAUCUUCCCUUAUUUAGUUCAACAUAGUUCCGUAUAACGUUCUAUUUUGUGAAUUUUUCUCUUACAAAAUGUAGGAUGUGUUUAUGGCAGAUUUUUGUCACUAACAACUUUGUGUCUAGAGUUAGUAUGGUAUCAAAUAGCUUGUAGUAUAAAAAGAUCGUGAAGCAUCUAUAUGAAUUAGCUUUCAUUGUAGUGCUAUCGAUAUUAGAUAUCCAUUUCCUAUGAGUAAAUAAUUAAAUUCGAAUUAUUAUGAUGUAGAUAAUGGUUUUUAGUAGAAUUGGUGUCAUAAUUUAGAAAACUUUGGUGUAUGUACUUUAAAAUAUGUAUAUAAUUAGUUAUUUUAUUAUCUUACUACAACUUUACUCUUUGCUUCUAUACUACAUAUCUUGUUAUAUACUUAUUCCUCGAAUAAUAUGUCUAUGACAAAAAUGUUUAAUUUAAACAAACAUGAACAUUAUCAAGUUUAUAAAGGACAUAAAAAACUAUAUAUCACAGAAGAAGUUAUUUAUUUAAAAAAGGGUAUUAAAACUGUACAUAACAUAAGAAGCCCUUUUAUUUAAAAAAAAUACUCUUAUAACCAAAAAUAUUUAUUUAUAUAUAUAUAUAUAUAUAUAUAUAUAUUUUGU